GAGAAGCGGCGGCGGCGGCGGGAGCGGGCGGAGCUCAGCGCCAGCCCCGGCCCCGCGCCGGCCCCACACCGGCCCCGCACUCACCCGCCCGCCCGCCGGAGCCACCGGAGACCUGGCGACCGUGUGCUUCGAUUCUCUGAAGAUGGCUGCACAGUCAGCACCGAAGGUCGUGCUAAAGAGCACCACCAAGAUGUCUCUGAACGAGCGCUUCACUAACAUGCUGAAGAACAAACAGCCGAUGCCGGUGAAUAUCCGGGCCACCAUGCAGCAGCAGCAGCUGGCCAGCGCCCGAAACAGACGGCUGGCCCAGCAGAUGGAGAACAGACCGUCUGUGCAGGCCGCUCUGAAGCUCAAACAGAAGAGCUUGAAGCAACGCCUCGGCAAGAGCAACAUCCAGGCGCGGCUGGGCCGGCCGGCGGGGACGCUGGCCCGAGGAGCCCUGGGGGCCCGGGGGCUGGCCCUGGGCCAGCGGGGGCUGCCCCGGGGGGCCCUGCGGGGCCGCGGCGCCCGGGCCAUGAUCCGAGGAGGGGUGGCGCUCCGAGGUCAAGCCCUGCUGCGCGGCGGGAGAGGGAUCGCCCCCCGGAUGGGCCUGCGGAGAGGCGGCAUCAGGGGCCGCGGCGGCCCGGGAAGAGGCGGCCUGGGCCGGGGCGCCAUGGGCCGGGGAGGCAUCGGCGGCAGAGGUGAGUGCCCAGCCCUCGGGAAUAACGGGAGUUCUGCUGCCGUCCUUCCUGCAGCCACCACAACUCCAAGCCUGGAAUUCAAACCCUGAAUCCCAGGCCCGGUUAGGGCUGGAACUGCAGUGAAGCAGCCCCGGUGGGAGGGGAGGGCCGGGAUCAGGCGGCGUGGGUCCCGCAGAGCUCGGGAUGGAGGCGGUGACAGGUGCCCGGUGUUCUCCAUCCCCGGUGUUGUUCUCCAUCCCCGGUGACGGGUGCCCGGUGUUCUCCAUCCCGGUGACGGGCGCCCAGUGUUCUCCAUCCCCGGUGAUGUGUGCCCGGUGUUGUCCAUCCCGUUGUUCUCCAUCCCCGGUGAUGGGCACUCAGUGUUCUCGGUCCCCGGUGACGGGUGCCCGGUGUUCUCCAUCCCGGUGAUGUGUGCCCGGUGUUGUUCUCCAUCCCGGUGACGUGUGCCCGGUGUUGUCCAUCCCGUUGUUCUCCAUCCCUGGUGAUGUGUGCCUGUUGUUCUCCAUCCCGGUGACGUGUGCCCGGUGUUGUCCAUCCCGUUGUUCUCCAUCCC